AUGGGUUCUGAUAAGGAACAACACAUAGUGAUGCUACCAUUCUUGGCUCAAGGCCAUCUGAUCCCAUUCCUAGCCCUUGCCAAGAAAAUCCAGCACAGAACAGGCUUCACCAUCACCAUCGCCACCACGCCACUCAACGCCCAAUACCUUCGUUCUGCUCAAACCAACACCAACAUCCACUUGUUCGAGCUUCCCUUCCACAGCCAAGACUAUGGCCUCCCACCCAACACAGAAAACACAGAGAACCUACCUUUCAAUGUCAUCGGAGACUUCUUCACUUCAUCACAACAACUAGAAGCCCCGACUCGCCGUCUGGUCUCGGACAUCACCGCAAAGGAAGGCAAGCCCCCGCUUUGCUUAAUCUCCGACUUGUUCUUUGGAUGGGCUGUCAAUGUUGCGAAAAGCUCCGGAACCGUCAACAUCGCUUUCUCCACAGGUGGGGCUUACGGCACGGCGGCGUACAUCUCACUCUGGCAACAUCUCCCUCAUCGUACUGUGUCUUCAGACGACGAGGAGUUCCACCUUCCGGGGUUCCCGGAACGGUGUCGCUUGACGCCGUCUCACUUGCAUCAGUUUCUGAGAGCCGCCGACGGUACUGAUACUUGGUCGAGGUAUUUCCAGCCGCAAAUCUCGCUCUCGAUGAAGUCUUUUGGUUUGAUAUGCAACACCGUUGAAGAAAUCGAGCCGUUCGGACUGCAAGUGUUGCGAAACUACGUCAAGUUGCCUGUUUGGUCUGUUUUGGCUUCUAAUAUUUCCAGCAAAAAGUAUUCCGGCAAGAAAUCCGGAAUUUCGGCCGAGAGAUGCAUUGAGUGGCUGGACUCGCACGCUUCUGAUUCCGUGGUGUAUAUCUCGUUUGGUUCUCAGAACACGAUCACUGCCUCCCAGAUGAUGGAAUUGGCCAAGGGAUUAGAAAUGAGCAAGAAGCCUUUUGUGUGGGUCAUAAGGCCGCCGGUGGGUCACGACUUGAAGGGCGAGUUCCGACCAGAGUGGCUGCCGGAGCGUUUCGAAGAACGAAUGAAUGAAACUAGGCAGGGAUUGCUGGUGCACAACUGGGCGCCGCAGCUGGAUAUACUGGCGCAUAAGAUGACGCGUGCUUUUGUGAGUCAUUGCGGGUGGAACUCGGUGGUGGAGAGCUUGAGCAGAGGGGUGCCGAUCAUCGGGUGGCCGCUGGCGGCGGAGCAGGCGUAUAAUUCCAAGAUGUUGGUGGAGGAGAUGGGUGUGAGUGUGGAGCUGACGAGGGGUGCGAAGAGUAAUGUGGUGGCGGAGGAGGUGAGGAGGGUGAUUGAGUUGGUGGUGGAUGAGAGUGGGGAAGGAGGUGAGAUGAGGAGGAGGGCCGGUGAGAUUAUGGAGAAGAUAAGAGGAGCUGCUGGGGAGGAUGGUGAAGCAAAAGGGUCUUCCGUUAAAGCUAUUGAUGAUUUUGUUUCUCAACUUCUAUCACAAAGAGAAGGAUUAAAAAUGCAGUAACUCUUUUAAAUAGGAUUUAGCUCGAUCAGGAGGGGAAGAAAGAUUAAGGGGUUUGCAAGUGUUAUAAAUACGGGCAUUAUUGGAUGGGUUACUGAAGAUGGAUUGAAGUUGGUUACGCAAUAUUUAAAGCUAGACAAUUGUUUGGAAAGUGAUAUGCAGCAACUGAGCAUUUCAGACUUGGGAAAUUGAUCAGACAGAGAAAGGUAUCUGAAGAGUCUAUUCUUUUUUUUCGGUUUUCAUUGCAUCUGCAAAUUCCCUAGUAAUUUUUGUUGGUGAACUCUUGAAUAAACUGAUCUUAAUUUCCGUUGAUGAAGAGGAGAUUCAAGAAUAUCAGCGCUAUAUUUCCUUAGUUUUUUAGUAAACUUUGAUCUUAUUCCUUGAGAAAAAUUUGUCCAUUAUGAGAGGAAAUAUUGAUAUGAAGAUCUUGUCCACACUUCUGUACUGUUUAUCGUGAUCAAAUGAUACUGGGGGAAUAUAACUCUACUGGUGUAGCAUCUAGGGAUAAAUGCUACACCUGUUUGAGUUUUGUUAAUUAAAAGUUUCUUUCUUUUCAGGAGAAAAAAGAAAAAUCUUAUAGUUAUAGUUCGCAUGUGAAGUUUAUAUUUUUGAUAUGCUCAAUUCAUCUAUUUUGACAAAGAAAGAAUAAAAAAGAAGAGUUG